AUGCCCGAUCCUAUGGAAGUGGAAGCGGAUGUGGAUGUGGACUCUGAGCCUAGAGGGACGAAGAGAAAAGCGGAUGAGGCUCUUGCAGUUGUGUCUGCCCCGAGAAGGAUCAGGGCACUGGAUCCAGACGUCGUCAACAAGAUUGCUGCCGGCGAGAUUAUCGUUGCGCCUGUACAUGCCUUGAAGGAGCUUAUCGAGAACUCCGUUGAUGCUGGCUCUACUUCCCUUGAAGUUCUCGUCAAGGAUGGGGGUUUGAAGCUUCUACAGAUCACAGACAACGGCCACGGCAUUUCUAAAGAUGAUCUUCCAAUCCUCUGUGAGCGAUUCACCACCUCAAAACUCAAGUCGUUUGAAGACUUGACCUCCAUUGGAACCUACGGAUUUCGCGGAGAGGCUCUGGCCAGUAUCAGCCAUAUCGCCCAUCUCACCGUCACUACCAAGACGAAAGAUUCUACUUGUGCCUGGAGAGCACACUAUGAUAGCGGCCGUCUAGCUCCUAACAAGCCGGGCCAGAGUGCGGAUCCCAAGCCAACCGCUGGCAGGCAAGGGACCCAGAUCACAGUCGAGGACCUGUUCUACAAUGUCCCAACGCGCCGUCGCGCUUUCAGAUCAGCAUCCGAGGAGUACAACAAGAUCCUCGAUGUAAUCGGACGAUAUGCCGUACACUGCGAUGGUGUAGCUUUCAGCUGCAAGAAGCACGGAGAAGCCAGCACCACCAUUUCCACCCAGUCGAAUUCUUCCACCGUUGAUCGAAUUCGACAGAUCCACGGGAGCUCAGUAGCGAACGAACUCAUUGAGUUCACAUCUGCGGAUUCGCAAUGGGGCUAUCAAGCCCGUGGGUGGACCACGAAUGCCAACUACCAUGUCAAAAGGGCUACCCUCCUUCUCUUUAUCAACCACCGUUCAGUGGACUCCACCAACAUCCGCAAAGCUAUUGAGCAGACCUACUCCACCUUCCUCCCCAAAGGAGGCCACCCCUGGACCUAUCUGAGUCUCGAUAUCGAUCCCCAUCGAGUAGACGUCAACGUCCACCCUACAAAACGAGAAGUCAACUUCCUCAACGAAGAUGAGAUAAUCGAGAAGAUAUGCCUCGACAUCCGCACCAAACUCGCAAACGUUGACACAAGCCGCACCUUCAUGACCCAAACCCUUCUCCCCGGCGUCCGCCUCCCUUCGUCCGUCACCCCUGACGGCGACAAUCCUACAAGUGGCACCACUACCUCCUCAACCCCCAAGCCCAAACCUUACGAGAACAACCUCGUCCGCACCGACGCCAAGCUCCGGAAGAUAACCUCGAUGCUCCCACCCAGCACAAACUCCAAUUCCAUCCGAGCCAGCACAAGCGUCACCCCCGGCCCUGGACCUACCGCCUCCAAGACUUCCGAUCCCGAAUACCUCUCGUCAGACCGAGAGCCCGUAAACUGCCGCCUCGUGACCGUCAAGGAGCUGCGUGCCGAAGUUCGCGACGCCAUGCAUAACACCCUUACCGAAAUAUUCGCCUCCCAUACCUUCAUCGGCAUCGUCGACUCUCGUCGGCGCCUGGCCGCCAUCCAAGGCGGCGUUAAGCUCUUCCUUGUCGACUACGGCCUCGUCUGCGCCGAGUACUUCUACCAAGUCGGCCUCACGGACUUCGGUAACUUCGGUACUAUCCGCCUCGAACCCCCUCUCCCCCUGCGAGAGCUCCUCGCCCUAGCAGCCGAGCACGAGAAGGCCACUUCCCCGCCCACAAACUCCUGCGACGAUUUCGAAGUCGCCGAAGUCGUUGACCUCGUCUCCGCACAGCUCCUCGAGAGGAGGGAAAUGCUGCUGGAGUACUUUUCCCUCGAAAUCUCCCCAGAUGGCGACCUCGUCACCCUCCCACUCCUCCUGAAAGGCUACACGCCCUCUCUUGCCAAACUGCCACGCUUCCUGCUUCGCCUCGGACCGCAUGUCAACUGGAUGACCGAGAAGGAAUGCUUCGCUACCUUCCUGCGCGAGCUGGCGUCAUACUAUGUGCCCGAGCAGCUCCCGUCAUCUCCGGGCCCGGAAGACCCCGAGGAGGAGCUGAGCGAGGAGAUCAGAGCUAGGCGAGAGCAGGUCGGAAAGGCCGUGGAAGAUGUACUGUUCCCGGCUUUCAGGGCGCGGUUGGUUGCUACGAAGUCGUUGAUGAAGGGCGGUGUUGUAGAGAUUGCGAAUUUGAAGGGGCUCUACAGGGUAUUUGAGCGGUGUUGA